UCCAGCUGUCAUGUGUUUACAUCUGAUUUCAGGAAAACACAACUGGAAUGAACUGAACCGAAGACUCCUGGUUGUAGAUGCCCCCUGAGCCAAAAGAUCCUUUUUGUGAGUUUUCUGCAGUGCCAGUUUAUUUUGUGUAGUUUAUGUCUGUGUGGCAUCAGCCUCUUAGCGUGGAGUUUCUUAUGACGCUUUGCAAUAGAUGUGCUGAUGUGUGAAAAAUGGAUGGUGUGCUGCUCAUUCAUCAAACACACGCAUCUACCCACAGAGACCUUUUAUACACUCAAAUUCAGCAAUGGAACUGAAUAAAUAUUUCAGCAUCUGAUUUUUGCAUCUGAAAUUGCACAGCAAUGUGACAGAAGGAUUGGUAGAGUUGCAGCCCCGCCCUUGGUUCUGUCCCAGAAUGCUGAGCCCGGUUCUCUGUUCGGAUCUCGCAGCCUUGGAGCCAGAGUACACAGAGGCUGAUGUCAUCUCUACGGUGGAGUUCAACCAGACGGGAGAGUUCUUGGCCACCGGUGAUAAGGGAGGGAGGGUUGUCAUCUUCCAGAGAGAACCACAGGGCGAAUAUAAUGUUUAUAGUACGUUUCAGAGUCACGAGCCUGAGUUUGAUUACCUGAAAAGUUUGGAGAUUGAGGAGAAAAUAAAUAAGAUUCGCUGGCUGCCUCCACAUAACCCCGCCCACUUCCUCCUCACCACCAAUGAUAAGACCAUAAAGCUGUGGAAGGUGAGUGAGAGAGACAAGCGAGCAGAGGGCUAUAAUCUCAGAGAUGAGGAGGGCAGACUAAAGGACCUUUCUACAAUUACAACUCUACAGGUUCCGGUGCUCCGGCCGAUGGAUCUGUUGGUGGAGGCAUCUCCCCGGCGUGUUUUUGCUAAUGCUCAUGCAUAUCACAUCAACUCCAUCAGCGUCAACAGUGACUGUGAGACGUACAUGUCAGCUGAUGACCUAAGAAUUAACCUGUGGAACCUCAACAUCACUGACCGAAGCUUCAACAUAGUAGAUUUGAAGCCAGAGAACAUGGAGGACCUCACCGAGGUGAUCACAGUGGCGGAGUUUCACCCUCACCACUGCCACCUGCUGGCCUUCAGCAGCAGUACAGGAACCACACGCCUCUGUGACAUGAGAGCCCACGCACUCUGCGACAAACAUGCCAAAUUGUUUGAAGAAGAAGUGGAUCCGGCCCAUCGAACAUUCUUCUCAGAGAUUGUUUCCUCUGUGUCAGAUGUGAAGUUCAGUCAUAGCGGCCGCUACCUGCUCACUCGAGAUUACCUCACCGCUAAAGUAUGGGACCUCAACAUGGAAAAUAAACCAGUGGAAACAUACCAGGUCCACGACUACUUGCGAACCAAACUGUGCGCUUUAUAUGAGAGCGAUUGUAUUUUUGACAAGUUUGAAUGUGCCUGGAACGGAACAGACAGUGUCAUAAUGACAGGGGCGUACAACAACUACUUCCGAAUGUUUGACCGGGCGAGCAGACGUGACGUGACUCUGGAGGCCAGUCGCGAGGUGUGUAAACGCAGGGCUGUCCUGCAGCCACGGCGUGUGUGUGUGGGGAAGAAGAGGAAAGAGACGGAUGUUUGCGUUGACAGUCUGGACUUCCGGAAGAAAAUCCUCCAUACCGCCUGGCAUCCCAAAGAAAACAUCAUUGCCAUCGCAGCCAGCAACAACCUUUACAUUUUUCAGGACAGAAUGACGCCCAAUGUUCAUCACAAUGCACAAAUACAAAGUGCGCCUCUCAAAUGACAGACACACCCAUCAAUGGUUCCACAUCCUACUGUAUGUGGUAUUGCACUGUACAUCAGGGUUGCGCUCUAUUCAGAUUUUAAUUGAGAAUGCCUUUAGGUAUCAAACAGAAUGCAGAAUUGUGAUUCGACAUUGGAUUUAAGGAGUAGAAAAUUAAAAUGGAAUGAAAUUCAAAAAAA